AAGCACACACCGCCCCCUUAUCGUCAGUUUGAACAGGACAGACAAACAGAUCAAUGAGGACUACUUGCAGUGGUUAAGUGCAGAACUCAGAGUAAAAGAGAGGAAAGAGAGGAAAACAUGUCGUUCGGAGGAAAGAUUUAUCAAGAUUUGACCACAGAGGAGAGCUCACAUUCUCCUCGCCAAUCAUUUGGUCAAGGUCUGUUUACCGAAAUUGGGAGAAAUAGGUUUCAACACCACCGACUGGUUAUACUAAGUCUGGGUCUGCUAAAUGCUGCUCUGCUCAUUUCUGCUGCUGUCAUUGGGAUUUAUUGUGCUAAUGCCAAAGACCUUCAGAUUCCUGAUUUGGCAGCUUCACCCCUUCUUGUUGAGGUGAACUUUCUCCGCAACCACACAGAGAUAAUAAGAGAAAAACUGGAGGCUCAGAGAACGCUGGCGAACGAGCGCGUCAACCAUGUGCAACUAAAGCUGCAAGUGAGGCAGAAGAGGACUCUGACAGACAACCUUCAGAGGCAAAUAGCCAAGUUGCAAACAGAGAAGACAAAUCUGAAGUCCAAUACAUCUGCUUUUGAGAAAAGCUGUGGCAGAUGUCCAUCAGGGUGGAUCCUGCUUAAAACAUCCUGCUACUACUUUUCUGAAUUUGAACCUGUUGCAAGGAAGAACUGGUCAGAUAGCAGAGCAGACUGCAUUCGCCAAGGAGGUGACCUGCUGGUGAUCAACAACUUGGAGGAACAGCAACUCAUAAGUACUAAUUUCAUAAGAAUAGACAGCAGCAGCAUGUGGUGGAUGAAUGGUUUCUGGAUCGGCCUUACUAAUCUGCAACAUCAGGGGAGAUGGACAUGGAUAAGCAAUGUGACUGACGCAUCCGUAAUGUACUGGAGAACCGGGCAACCCACUGAAACUGGACAUCAGAGUGGAAACUGUACUGCGUUUCAUUAUUAUGGAGACCCUAUGAAGACUUGGUACAAUGGAGACUGCCAGCAGCUUCUACUUAACUGGAUCUGUGAGAUGUCAUUGAGCAAUGUGUCAAAAAUGGAUGAAACAUUAAAUGCAAGUCGUCCUUACAACCAACUGAUCAGUCACGAGGAAGCCACUGAAGAUGAUUAUACUUUUUCUUCCAAUUCAGAGAAUCAAGUGACUGUGUCGGCGCUGAGACCUGAAUCAAGCAUAGAUCAUUCCAAGUUGCUCAAAGUGGGUCUCGGAGUGUUUGCACUGAUCCUGCUAGUGGUGAAUAUUGGCCUGGGGGUAUACUAUAACAAACUCACUGCUAAUAAUAUAGUAAGAGACAUCAGUGGUGAGAUAACCAAACUUCAAGCUUCUUAUGACGCUGCAGUCCAAAGUAGGGAUGAAGCCAGGAAACAGCUGGCGAUGGAGAUCCGUGAGCAGCAGGUCACCAAGUGGGAACUCGCGCACCUGAACGUUAGAGUUAAGGACUAUGAAAAAAAGGUUGAAAAGAUUCAGCUGGACACUGUAGCACUGAGAUCCCACCUCCUAAUGAUAAAGGAAGGCUGCAGACACUGUUUGCCUGGAUGGACUUUCAUGAGCUCAAGCUGUUUUUACUUCACGUUUUCUGACACCGUCAGCCGCGUGUCAUGGAACGGGGCCCGCCAGUCCUGCAAGAGGUUAGGAGGGGACUUGGCAAUCAUAAACAGCAGAGAGAAGAAUAUUGGAAUAACUAGUUUGAUUAGCUCUUACCAAGACCCCUCAAGAGCAAUGAUCCACAGUGGUUUCUGGAUCGGUCUGACAGAUGAGGAGGAGGAAGGCGUUUGGAAAUGGCUGGAUGGGACGAGACUGACUGAAGGGUUCUGGAAUCCCGGAGAACCAAACAACGUUAACAACGAGGACUGUGCAGCAGUGUAUCCCAAAAGCAACCCUUUCACAUCCUGGAAUGAUGCACCUUGCAAUUUUAACUUAAAGUGGAUUUGUGAAAUGGCACCAACAUCUUUGAGAUAAAAAAUAAAUCGUUUCAAGGUUCUGGUUAAAUUUGGCAAGACAGCAAAUUAACUCUGAGAUUCCUUUGUCUUGUUUAUUGUUUACCACUUUAUGAACUAUGCAUGGAAGAUCAAACUACAAAACAACUGUUACAGAAAAUACAUCUGUUUAAAAAGUUUGUAUAACAACAAAAAUCUGACUUAAAUGUAUAAACAAAAUAUAGAAACUUAGCACUUAAUUUUAAAGUUCUUCAGAAUUUUACAUAAAAAUAAACAUAUGAGUCCUUCUACACACAGAGUAAAAGUUAAAGGCUACACACUGUCAUAGAAAACAAAAUUUCUACUUGUGUAAAAUCUUUGCUAAAUUCAACUCUUAUUUGUAUAAAACAUUAAGAAAUAAAAUGAAUGCCUCUUUGCCGUU